GGUCUCUGAGUGUGCUUUCCUUGUCUCGUUGCCAUUGAAAACUUCAAAUCGAUCGCUCACCAUAUGUUCAACACUUGGAUGACGAUACGGAAUAUGGGCUGCAAAAGGAGGACAUGUUUAGCAUUCGGCUAUUUGCUUGGCAAGGAGGAUAACGCGUUGUUCACUUACAACAAGCACCAUUGACCUUUUAGCCCCAAAUCUGCCCUCUUUCUGAGAUUACCUCUUGGCUCAGUCCACCCAGCUUUUAUCGUCGUCGUUAGAAUGGCCACCACUACACUGAAAUCAACAUCCUCCCACGGCCUGGCGGCUCCCUCGCUGGCCCAAGCGCAACUCCUUCAGACCCUCCGCACAACAACCCAGACGCUCACCACCCAAUUGACUACCCUCGCUCAGGACACAACGCUGGUCCUCAAUCACUACAUGCAAGUGCACCCGCCCCUCAAAACAUUUGUUACAACCGCUGGCGUCUUGAGCGCUGUUCCCGUUGCGGUCUUCUUGGGGUGGAUUGUUGUGAGCUGUGUGGGAACGUUUGUUGUUGCAUUGUUGAGCACAAUCUUGCUCGAAUCGACACUUGUCUCUGUGGGGUUUUUCAUUCUUCUUCCAAUCGAAGCGUGCAUCCUUUUCGUAGCGGGCGCUGCGGCGGCCGUGAGGUACGGAGGCGGAAGAUGGGGCGAUGCGGUGGAAAGGGUUGUUCGAAGGAUUUGGAUCCUAACUGGUGAAGUGUACCGGCUGCUUGGCGAUAGGCUGGAAGCGGUAGGAAAGGUAGAGAUGCCAAAGAUGGAGAGAAGGUCCAUCGUGACGUGCGACGAUGAGGAGUAAGGAGUACCGCCAUUGUCAGGAUUUUAUUCUUUGUACAUUUUUCCGUCUUGUUGUGGGCAAAAUAUAUCCCAAAGCCUCCUUCUUAAAGUGGAGACUCAAGUUCUAGAUGAGUGUAUCUGAUGCUCAUACUCAGAAUACUAUCUUUCUACAAGAUAU